AUGUGUUUUAGGGAAGGAAUAUUCCUUAUGAAAUUGGACAGGCUUAGAUUAUGUAAUGAGGAAAAUGCUGAUCAAGAUGGAGAUGCUAAUGAACAGGCUCCUAAUGAUCAAGAUGGAGAUGCUAAUGAACAAGAUUUAGGGGCUAAUGGAGAAAAUGCUCAUCAAGGUGGAGAUGCUAAUGAAGAGGUUCCUAAGACAGAACUGAUGGAGAUGAAGAUAGAACUGUUCAACAUGGAGAUAGAACUGAUUAAUAUGGAGAGACAACUGAUUAAGAUGGGGACGCUACUGUUCAAGAUGGAGACAACUAAUCAAGAUGGAGACACGACUGAUCAAGAUGGAGACGCUACUGAUGAUCAUGAUGAAGACACUACUGAUGAAGAUGGAGACGCCAAUGAUGAUCAUGAUGAAGACACUACUGAUGAAGAUGGAGACGCUACUGAUCAAGAUGGAGACACAACUGAUCAAGAUGGAGGUGCUCCAAUGAACUCAUGA